AUGGCGUCGAUUCGAAGAACACUAUCACCGUAUCACUAUCGGCCGUACCAAAAUGGAUCGAUUCCUCUAUCCAUACAAUCUCCAUCCCAGAAGUUUCUAUCGAACACCAAAACCACCUUGUCUCCACUCCGAAAAUUUCUUGUCGGGAUUUUCAUCCAAAAGCACUCUCGAAAAAAUAAUCACUUUUCCUGGAAAAAGUCACUUUACCGAUGCUUAUUGUUCUUUUUCUUAGGGUUUUUACUUGGCAUAGCCCCCUUUAACAAUGACCUCAGUGAAUUGAAGAAUCGUGAUUUAAGAAACAGUGAUAUCGCUUUUGAAAUCAAACCCCCAUUUCUGAGUAUCAAGCAGAAUGUAGAAAAUGUAGCUGACAGGUCUAGGGAAAACGAUUUUGUGGUGCGUACGGAGGAAUUAAAGGUUGUUGAGAAGGGUGGAGAGAACGAAGAUAGUAAAAUAUUGGAUUUUGUGCCUCUAAAACAGCUAAUUGUGGUGACACCUACUUAUAAUAGAGCGCUACAAGCAUACUAUUUGAAUAGGUUAGGACAGGUAUUGAGGCUAGUGAGGCCGCCAGUGCUGUGGAUUGUGGUGGAGAUGAAUGCUGCAUCCAUGGAGACUGCAGAUAUUUUGAGAAAGACUGCAGUUAUGUAUCGACAUUUGGUGUGCUCGAAGAAUUUGACUAAUGUGAAGGACAGGGGAGUGCACCAGAGGAAUACUGCACUCGAGCAUAUCGAGCGGCACAGGCUUGAUGGAGUGGUAUAUUUUGCAGAUGACGACAAUAUUUACUCCCUUGAGUUGUUUGAGAAAAUCAGAGAAAUCAAUCGUUUCGGUACUUGGCCGGUUGGCAUGUUGGCUCAAAGCAAAAGUAAAACGAUACUGGAAGGUCCUGUGUGCAAUGGAAGCCAAGUAAUUGGAUGGCACACAAAUCAGAAGAGUAAAAGACUUCGUAGAUUCCAUGUUGACAUGUCAGGCUUUGCCUUCAACAGCACCAUACUAUGGGAUCCUGGGACAUGGCAUCGACCAUCUUCAGAUCCAAUCCGACAGUUAGACACAGUGAAGGAGGGCUUCCAAGAGACGACUUUCAUAGAACAGGUUGUAGAAGAUGAAAGUCAAAUGGAAGGCGUUCCUCCAGGUUGUCAUAGAAUAAUGAACUGGCAUCUCCAUUUAGAAGCUCGUGAACUUGUAUAUCCCAUAGGAUGGACGCUUCAGAAGAACCUCGAUGCAGUUCUUCCCUCCAAGUCAUAG